UUUGGCAGGUGUCCCUGCACACAACCCAAAGCCCGCGCCUUCUCCCGCCGCAUUUAGCAUGCUGCGCGCAGUUCUCUCCGCGGCCGCCAUUCUUCCCGCUUCUACCGCCCGCGCCUGCUCCGCCAUUACAGCUCCGCCGCGCUCAUCCCUAACUCUUCCCGGCGCAUUUCCGAACUCUUCCUGCUCAUCCCCCGUCGUUUCCGGUCUCGCGUGCGGCGCUCGUUGCAUGGCCAGCAAAGACAAGAAGAAGAAGCAACCACUUGGCGGCGGCGGCGGCGGCGGCGACGGUGGCGGAGGGGGGGGGUUGAGCGGCGGGAAGAGCGGGGGCGGAGGGGAGUCGGCGGCUCUACCAGGGUUUCUGCGCGUGACGGCGAGCGGUGCCGUGUCCGUGGCCAUUCACGCCAAGCCUGGGUCGAAACAGGCCGCCGUGAUGAGUCUUACGGGAGACGCAGUGGGAGUGGCCAUUGAUGCCCCUGCAAGGGAAGGCGAGGCAAACGCGGCUAUACUGGAGUUCAUGGCUGAUGUGCUUGGAGUGCGCAAGCGACAAGUAAGCCUGCAAAUAGGGUCAAGGUCGCGAGAGAAAGUGGUUCUUGUGGAGGGUGUAUCCGCACAAGAGGCGCUCUCUUCCCUUCAAAGAGCAAUGGGAACUAGGGAAUGACACUAGUAGUAGGGAUAUUACAAUUUACAACGUUAUGAUAUACCUCCACCUAAGUAUAUAUUACACAACA